AUGGCUCGUUCAUCUUCCGAUCAUCGCCGGGCCGACGGCCUCCGGGCAAGCGCGAUACAUCGUCCACACACCGCGCCUAGUCCAGCUCCCAUAGGAGAACAGCCACCAGGAAAAGAUCGCGAUCAACUACCAAUGGGUUCCCCAAACACCCAGGAUGAAGCCACCAGGCAGCGCAUCAUUAAGCACAUGAACACUGACCACCACGACUCUAUACGCCGAUAUGUCGAGGCCUUCGCUUCCAAGUCCGUGUUCCAGAGCCGCAAGGCGCAGAUGAUCGAUAUCGAUCUCAACCAGAUGGUGAUUAGCUCCGGGGACGGCCAACGAUCCGUCAUCACUUUCGAUCCACCGAUGCAAAAUCUCCGCGAAGCCCGUGAGCGCGUUGUGCAGCUGGACAAAGAUGCGCAGCAAAUCCUAGGCCGAAGUGAUAUUCCAGUCACAACCUUCAUCCCCACGUACAGGCACCCGACCCAUUUGGCUCUGUUCACAACGUCCUUACUGUGCUUCCUUUUGCUUCCUCGACAGGCCAACUGGCAACCUGGUUCGCUACUUUACGAUAGCGUGCUACAUCUCGUACCAGGUACCGCCAGCUUUGUUGCUAAAUUCGGUUGGACCGUCGUUUUUCUCAUGCUAGCUCAUGUUAUUGAGGCUUUCAUCAUGGUGAGAAAGCUGGCAAGGCACGGAUGCACCUUUCUUGAUGCGGUGUGGUGGAAAUGGGUAGGUACCUGCCUCGUAGAGGGCUUUACUUCGUUCAGGAGAUUGGACGCUUUGGUCGAAGAGAAGAAGAGGGAGAAAGAGGCUAAGAAGCAUUGA